AUGCUGGUGGAAAUAUUAGAUAUUGAGGAAGAUGCAACAACUGAAAUUGUUUUUGAGAAUUUGAGCAAGUUGUCAUUUAGUCACAUAGAAAGUCUUAUAUGUUUCUGCUCUGGGAAUUACACUUUGAAUUUCCCAUCAUUGGAAGAGUUAAAUAUAACUGAAUGUCCCAAUAUGAAGACCUUUUGUAGAGGAAUCUUGAGCACUCCAAAGUUACAAAAAAUCAAUUAUGAGAGAAUGGAAGUAGAAAAUGAGAGGAAUGAUCUUAAUAAAACCAUACAAGGAUUAUAUAAAGAGAAAAACCAGGACAUCUCUUUUGAUUUGAAUUUGAAGUGCAAGACAUUCCACCAUGAUAAUUCUAUGGAGAUUGGCUACAACCAACAUCCGAGUUCUUUCUAUCAAAAUUUGACACACUUGUUCUUGUGGAAAUGUGGAAACAUAAAAUAUGCAUUUCCAUCUUCUAUUGCCAAAAGCCUCCACCAACUCCAACAACUAAAGAUUCAAAAUUGCAAGGUUUUAGAGGAGAUCAUUGCAAAAGAAGAUGGAGCAAAUGCAGUUGUCAAUUUUGUCUUUCCAAAUAUAACCUUAUUGGCGAUUGAAGAUCUACCAGAACUUAUCGCCUUCUACCCUGGAGUAUAUGCUUUAGAAAUGCCAAAGUUGAAAGAAUUGGUGAUCCAAGACUGUACCAAAUAUGUGAACUUAAAAGAAAACAAUAUGGAGACCGAGCUUAAUAUUUUAGAUCCAAAAUCUAUCUUCUUGGACAAUAAGAUUAACUUCAGAUUGGAGUUAUUUGAAUUAAAUGAUGGUGGGACAAAUAUUCAUUGGCAAAGUCAAUCUAAAACUCUUACAAUCUAUAACGAUGUCUCUGCAAAUAUUCCACUUCGACUCCUUCAAAGAUUUGAAAAUGUGAGAGAGCUCCAACUAUCUCGGAGUCAAUAUAAAGACAUCAAGAGCCUAUCUGAUCUUCCAAAUCUUGAAAUUCUAGAAAUAGAUUAUUGUGACAGAUUGAUGAGUCUAGUGCCAUUCUUAGGUUCUUUCCAGAAUCUUAAAGUUUUGAAGUGGCUAGAAGUUUUGUGCAAUUGA